UUACGAUUAUCAGCAUCAUGAUUGUACCAACGAUUGUUAUUUUGGUGGCUUUUAUUCUAGUAAUGGAUGUGCAGAAAAAUCUCGAGGUAGAUGCUGAUCUAACAGACAAGCUUCGCCAGAAGUUGGAUCUACCAGAGGUCCAAAAAUGUAUUACAUCUACGGGAUACAUACCAAAAGGGCCACCAGAAGGGCCAUCACAAGAGUUUACUCCCGAGCAGCUAUGCUUCUUCAAAUGCAUCAUGGAGGAGAAAGGAUUGCUCGACAGUACUGGGAACAUAAUCCAGGACGAACUGAACAAUGUGCCUCUUCCUAUUCCAGAUGACAAAAAGAACGAAAUUAAGAAAUGCGCGGCCGGUGCCGGAAAGAUCGAGUCUUGCGAGGAUAUACAGAAAUUGCUCUCCUGUCUACCUAUGUAGAGGUCCUAUUUGAAGCUUGUGUAAAUUUUUAAAGUAAUAAAUAUAUUUCACAUGCAA